ACCAGUCUACGGCAAGAGCCAGACUCACACCGAAAGGCUACAGUGCGACUGCGCAGGCGGACCCUAGCCGAGCGCUGGGAUUUGUGAGUGGGCGUGGCCUGUCGUCCUGACAACCGUGAGCGUUCUGACACUGUCGAGUUCAGACUUUUCCCUCCGCGAAGGUCCUUCUCUCAUGGGUCCCAAACCAAAAAAGAUUUCCAGCAAGAAAAAGAUCACCAAAGCUGAGCGACUUCGGCUGCUGCAGGAGGAGGAAGAGAGGCGCCUGAAGGAGGAAGAGGAGGCUCGACAGAAAUUUGAAAAAGAAGAACAGGAGAGGCUAGAAACACAGCGGAUUGAGAAAGAGAAAUGGCGUCAGCUGGAAAAGAAAGACCUAGAAAGAAGGAGCGAAGAACUUGAAGAGCUUUCUUUGCUAGAGUGCUGUUUUCCUGAAGCAGAAAGAUUGAAACGGGAAACCAGGGCGCUGGCUCAGUGGAAGCACUACCUCCAGUGUGAUGGGAGCCCUGAUCCUUCGAUUGCCCAGGAAAUGAACACUUUCAUUAGCCUGUGGGAAGAGGAGACGAAUGAGACCUUCGAGCAAGUGAUUGAGAAAAGCAAACUGGUGCUGUCCUUGAUUGAGAAGCUGAAGUUAAUUUUACUGGAAACUCCAUCAUGUGAUCUGGAAAGCAGGACCAUCGCGCAGCAUCAAGGGUCAAUUCUGCGCCUGCAGGAGCUCCUCAGUCAGAAGGUGGACGUGGCCACAGAACUGCUUCUCCGAGAGGCUAGUACCUUAGCAGAUCUGGACAGCGGGAACAUGGAAAAAAUCAUCCAAGAUGAGAAUGUUACCCUGUAUGUGUGGGCAAACCUAAAAAAGAAUCCCAGGUAUCGAAGUGUGAAAUUCUCUGAAACACAAAUUGGAUUUGAAAUCCCAAGGAUACUAGCUACAAGUGAUGUUGCUCUUCGGCUCCUACACACACGCUAUGAUCAUGUCACCCCCCUGUACCCCAACACCAUCACUAAGGAAGACCAUGUUCCCACGGCGGUGAAGCAUUUCAAAGAAGAAGAGCACACAGAAAAGGCCGUCACUGAAGACAAGGUCUUUGCUGAGGAAAACACCACCAACCAAGCUGCUGAGUCGCAGUCUAGACAAGAAACAGAGCUCAGCUUCGUCCAAGAGGAAGAGCCCAACACUGAGGCGCUGGAGAACAUUGAUGCUUACUACCAGGAGGAGGAAAAUUCCAAAGGCCCCAGACAUGAGCUGGAGAUGCGGUUGCUAAGUGAAGUUGUCUCAGCAGCACAGCUGCGCCUGGUAGAGAACAGCGUGGAUUUCCCACACACCAAUGAGGAGAAGGAGGUGGACCUGUGCCAUUUCUCCACCCUGGGUGGCGUGUACCACCUGGACAUCCUGGAGUUGCCCCCUCAGUGCAAACCAGUGAAGGGCUGGGUACUAGUAGAGAUACGCCAAGAAGGAUUGCAGAGGUUUACAUAUCCUCCAGAGACCACAGAGGAACCCGAUCCAGAAAAUGCCUUUCCACCCAUCGAGGUCACACUGGAGGUCCGUGAGAACGUAAUCUUCUUUGAGGAUCCCAAGGUCAUAAGGUGGGAUGCAGAAGGUAAAAUCUGGAAAACAGAUGGCAUUAGCGAGGUUUUUUACAGUCGAGAAGACAGGCUCAUAUCCUUCUGUUUGGAUACUUUGGGCCCUGUGACCUUGAUUCAAGAUGCCCAUAUUAAUAUGCCGUACCGGUCCUGGGAACUGCGACCCCUCGGUGUGAACAGAGUCCUCAUGACAGUGACCUCCCUUUUCACUGAGCUCCAGAUACACAUCAAGGAGAACCUCUGCAUGCUGGCUUCAGUCAAACUGAGGAGCCAAGACCAUCUGUCUCAUUUAGAAGGGAAAUGGAUGACGCCCAUACCCUUCAUUCUGGCUAUGAAGGAAGCGGGCCUGAACGUCUUCCCUUCUGUAUACUCUCAUUUUUAUGUGGUCGUCAACAACAAGGUCCCCCUGGUGGAGAUGAAGGCAUAUCGGCAAAUGGCCCUGCUAAGCUCUGCUUUCGCAUUUAGCUGGAGCAAGUGGAACAUGGUCUGCAAUUCCACGAGAGUUGUGUUUAGGGUGAAGGAAGCCCUGGCCGAAGCCGCAGAGGACCGCCUCUGGAGCCUCCUCAUGUUCAAUGGUGACAGAGCACAAAUGCUCAAGAUCAGGGAAGACAGUGAGAUGUUCUCCGAGGCCCUCCAGGAGGAAACUGAGUUUCACUCUACCUUGUACCACAUGGUGAAGGACUUUGCCUCUGCAGAGGCGAUGGAGAGGGUCAGGCAUUCCAACUGCCAGUUCAUCGACUCGGUGUGCCACAUGCUACUGUCCACCCGGGUCCUCAGCUAUUCCUAGUUUUCACAGCCUGUGGAAGAGCUGGUGGGACCCUGAGACCCGGGAGGAAUCACAAAUAAACUACAAAAAUGACCUAAGUGCACUCUAUAUUCAAGCUUCACUGCAUAAAGAUUUGAAUAGUUCUUUAUUUUAAUAAGUUUCAAUAAAGUACUCUUUCUGUCUGUC